AUGUUGUCGCCGAAAUCUCUGAUCAUUUUAUUAAUAUUCAUUAUCAUAAUUCUUGGUAUCUACAUAUACCGAACUCCAACCAUUGUACCAUCGUAUCGCUCGUCGUCGUCGCCAUCCUCCAAGACUUGUUUGGAGUCAUAUGAUCCUCAUAUAUUUCACAAAAUUUCCUUUCAUUCUUCAAUGGUUCAUGUAACCGGUCCUGUGAUGAUUAAUUACUGGAUCCAGAAUAAAACUGGUUUUGAACUCGGUGGUCCUUCGCAUUUUACAUGGGCACCUUUGGGCGUCUACGAGUCUGCAUUAAGAUUAGACGUGACCAAUUUCGCAGCGAAUACUCUCUGGGAAUCAAAUUUGAAAGACAAUUCAGAUUUCGUUUGGAAAAAUCACUCGAAAGGCAAACAAUAUGUACGAGAUGCUGUCGAUCUAAAAGGUAUUCCUAGUGAAUUCUACGAUUUUGUUUUAGCUUCUCAUGUUCUCGAACAUAUCGCUAAUCCGUUCAAAGCAUUACUCGAAUGGAUAAGAAUUUUGAAACCGAAUGGUGUGCUCUUGAUUAUUUUGCCAUUGAAAACGGUGACAUUCGAUCAUAAGCGUGACGUCGUUCGAUUGGAACAUUUGAUUGAGGAUUAUCAAAAACAGACUACAGAAGCUGAUCUGUCGCAUUUGGAUGAAAUACUUCGUCUGCAUGAUUUAGGAAUAGAUCAAGCUGCUGGUAAUCUCGAAGCGUUCAAAGCUCGCUCAAUGAAAAACUUGGAAAACCGUGGAUUACAUCAACAUGUUUAUGAUCAAGAACUUUUGUAUUACAUGUUUAUGUGCUUAAAUUUAGAUGUAAAACUGCAGAAAAUAUGGGAUAAUAACAAUCUAAUCAUUGGACAAAAACGGUAA